AUGGAAAACGAGAUAUCCCUUAUAGAUUCUAUUCUGUAUAACUUGAUCGGGGUUAAGCAACUCUACGAAUUUGAGGUUAACCACCUUCACACGUUUGCUAACUUGACUCGCCGUUUUGUGCAGGAAAAGAACGAAGAAGUGGGAGAUAAAUGCACAGUAUUUAAAGACAAGGCAGCAAAGGAAGAACAAUGGGUCAAGGAAAAGAUACAUAACCUGGAAUCGGAAAUCAGCAGAUUGAACAAGGAAAUAGAGGAGCGGAAGGCUUCGAAGAAAAAGCUGAUGGAACUGUUUGAAAGCUUGAAAAAGAUCGAUGAGUACGAACACAAAGAGUCCAAACCCGACGAGUUGCCUAUAAUGGAGAUCCGCGAAGAGCUGGAUGAUGAAGACCACGUAAUAUCCGGCGAUGUGAAACCCUAUGCGGAAAUGUCAAAUGGGAAUCGGCAUGUCGAAUCUGCUCGGUCAGCCGAACCUGAAAUUAACGAUUCCAAAAAUGAAUCGGUGACACAUAAGGAUCUAGCUUCACAGCAGAAAGAAGCAGAUCAUGUUACCACUACAGAGUCUGCUAAAGUUGAGCCGCAAAAAAAAGCCGCCCUCACUCAAGCCCAGAAAAUUGAGGAACUAUCUGAAGAAGAGCAGAAGAAAAUCGAUGAGGAUCGAGAACAACUUGCUGAACUUUUGGAAGAUAUGGAUAUCGCUCCCAAGACAGACUCGAAAGUGAAAAGUGAAGGAGAGGAAACGAAGGAAAUAAAGGGAUCAGAAGGUUCCCAUGAAUCUUUCGAGGCUACUUCUGAUUAUGCUCCAGGAAAACCGGCUAUUGACCCGGAAGAUAUCCUCACUCUCGAGAUGAUUGCUGAGGACUUUGAUGACGAGAAUUUCGACGAAGACGAGAGCGAAUUGUCGAGAGCAUUUGGAGAAGAAAGAGAAGAAGAGGAAGUAGAGGAAGAAGAAGAAGAAGAUGACGACGAUUAUGACGAUGAGAGCUAUGUCAAAGUUGUUCCAGGCGGCGCAAGAAGUAUGUUCCUACAACAGAUAGCAGAAUUAAGGCAGAAAAAACAGGAGAAGGAUAUUUCGCAAAAUCCUUCUGAACCUAAGAAAGCAGAAGCGAAGAAGAAGAGCGUUACAUUUGCAGAAUCUGUGCAAGUGAAGGAAGUGGAAAACGUUUCUGAAGAGCUGAAGAAGACCGAAAACAAAAGAUUGUCUCGUUUCAAGCUUCAGCGCCAACAGCGAGGUGUUAGUCAUGAGACCUUUCCGGACGAAGACUCUGAGGAAGUCAUGCAUGAUGUGAUUGAAAGAGACAUUGAGGAGCAGUCGGAUAACGAUAGCUCGAAAAUAUCUGCUGUUCCCGCCUCCCUAGACUACCGGGCUAUGCAAGACGAUCUGGAUACAAUGGCGAGGGCUUAUACGCUGGGAAUGUACGACGAUGACAUAGAGACCCAUGGCGAAGUUAUUGAAAAGCUGGAUGAUUUUGAGUCUCAUAAUAAAAUAGUGGAGUCGAAACCGGUAGAGUUGCCAGAAGAACCGGAAGGGGAAUCUGAGGAGGAAGAAGAUGACGACACGGUCUUAGUGGACAAAAUUGUGGAAAAUGAAAUUGACGACGCUGACGAGGAUCCUGACAUCGAACUGGCUGACGAGGUUUUGGAAGCGAAUGUUGCAAUGGACUACACCAGACUGCGAACCAAAAUGAUACACCAGUAUAACGGAGGAUUCCAAGAGAGCGAAAAAGAAAAAGAAUAUGAGCCUAUCGAGCCAGUAAAGACAAGUCGAUUUAAAGCUGCUCGAUUAGGGCGUAUCAAUUAG